AGGAGGCAGCCGUGUGGUUCCAGCUCAUUUUUUUUUCUCUUUCUCCAGUCGGUUUUCUUUCCAAACAGGGAAAAGUGUUCCACGAAGCGGUAGCUCCUUGCUCCUCGCCUUCUUCUCCCUUACCCUGGGCCCGGCCCCCGUCCCGGCGGGAGCUGGUGGAGCCAGGGCUAGAAGCCCUCGGUGCCCCCGGAGCGCAGCGCGCAGGGGACCCGGGCGCGGGGCCAGCGCCCGCACAUGGCUGCAGCCCCCCGCGCGCACCCCGAGGCGCCGCGCCCUGCUCACAGAAGGUCCGUCGGCUGGGCUCGGUCGCCCUGCAGCCAGGCUGCCCUGAGCCAGGAAGUGUCCGUGUCCGGGGAUCGGGAUGUCCCUCUUCUUCCUCUGGCUAGUAUCCUGUUGUGUUGGAACACUGGGAACUCACACUGAGAUCAAGAGAGUGGCAGAGGAAAAGGUUACCUUGCCCUGUCACCAUCAACUGGGGCUUCCCGAGAAAGACACCCUGGACAUUGAAUGGCUGCUCACGGAUAAUGAAGGGAACCAAAAAGUGGUUAUUACGUAUUCCAGCCGCCAUGUCUACAAUAACUUGACAGAGGAGCAGAAGGGCCGUGUGGCCUUCGCUUCCAACUUCCUGGCGGGCGAUGCCUCGCUGCAGAUCGAGCCUCUGAAACCCAGUGAUGAAGGCCGAUACACCUGCAAGGUGAAGAACUCAGGACGCUACGUCUGGAGUCACGUCAUCUUAAAAGUGCUAGUGAGACCAUCCAAGCCCAAGUGUGAGCUGGAAGGGGAGCCGACCGAAGGAAGUGACCUGACGCUGCAGUGCGAGUCUGCCUCGGGAACCAAGCCCAUUGUGUAUUACUGGCAGCGGAUCCGGGAGAAGGAGGGAGAGGAUGAACACCUGCCGCCCAAAUCUAGAAUUGAUUACAACAACCCUGGCCGGGUGCUGCUGCAGAAUCUCACCAUGGCCUCCUCUGGGCUCUACCAGUGCACAGCAGGCAACGAGGCGGGAAAGGAGACGUGUGUGGUGCGGGUGACCGUACAGUAUGUGCAGAGCAUUGGCAUGGUGGCGGGAGCAGUGACAGGCAUAGUGGCGGGAGCCCUGCUCAUUUUCCUCCUGAUAUGGCUGCUAAUACGAAGGAAAAGCAAAGACAGAUACGAGGAAGAAGACAGACCUAAUGAAAUCCGAGAAGAUGCGGAAGCCCCCCGAGCCCGCCUCGUGAAGCCCAGCUCCUCUUCCUCAGGCUCCCGGAGCUCGCGCUCGGGCUCCUCCUCCACCCGCUCCACCGGGAACAGUGCCUCCAGAAGCCAGCGGACGCUGUCGAGUGAGGCAGCCCCGCAGCCGGGGCUAGCCCCCCAGGCAUACAGCCUCAUAGGACCGGAAGUGAGAGGUUCUGAACCAAAGAAAGUGCACCAUACGACCCUGACCAAAGCAGAAACCACACUCAGCACAAUGCCCAGCCAGAGCAAAGCCUUCCAAACGGUCUGACUUAGAGUGGACUUGACUUGCACUUUCCCAAAAGUCAGGAUCUUAGCCUAGUCACUGGAGCUCGUCCACCAGCCACGCAAACCCCUCUGCCAGAUAAGAGCUCACUCCAAGUAGCUGCAGAAAUGGCACGGACCAGUUCUGAGGAGUACCCUCCUUACAUAGGAUACCAAACAAACACGAGGACCUCACUGUGCCUUCAGGCAGAGUGGAGGGGAGGAGGGGCCCACGCUUUUUUUGGUGAAAAUAAGGGAAGGGUAAGGCUACACACACCUGAAACAUCUUACCUAGGAUGUCGCAAGUCACCACAGUCAAGAAGAAGCGGGAAUCUCAUAGAUCAAUUUUCUAUUCAUUUCUGCAAAUUUAUUGGAUUAGUGUGAUUAUUCAGAUAGUCAAAACAGAAGCCCACGCCUUAUAAUAUACCUAUCUGCAACAUGUACUGGGAGAACUGCGUUUACGAAAUUCACAUUAAAAAAAAAAAAAAAGAA